AUGUUUUACGAUCCCACUGCUGUAUUCCAAGCUAGACGUUUGAGUAUGAACCAAAGUUUCAAUUUGGAUGUUACCUUGGCCCAACUGUUAUCUCCAGUGCUAGCAACGCCCAUCUUCCAAUACCUGAAUUUUAUGGAUGAAACAUCUAAUUUGAAGCUCUCUCUACCUGACAGUUCCUCUGAAUGGACUGAAUAUCUUGGCAAGGACAUUCUCUCGGGCCACUCGUAUUCUAUAUCCGACAUGGAGAUCCAGAUACCAGCAUACUCAUCACCCGCAUAUUCAUCACCUGCAGCCAGUGAAGAAAGCUUCCCACAUUACAGUAAUGGUGAGAUGUCGGGCCUUGAAGCUGGAAUCGACUGCCUAUUAUCGCCAAUCACUCUGGAUUUUGCCAAGCUUGCUAUAGUCCGGAAUCUCUUGUGCCAAACCAUAGUUGAUACUGACAACAACAAAUGUAGUGGUGCUGCCAGUCCAGUAUAUGCUAAGGAUCUCUCCUCCCAGAUCGGAUCGCUAAGCCCAGUGUAUGAAGCUACGGAUGUCGCCCCCCAAAUCGGAUCGCUAGACACUACCUGUGACAGUAACUCCAGCCAAGUAUAUGAAGCUGUAUCUCGUAUAUAUGCCCGUCGUGACUCUGGUAUUGAAUUUGAGCCAUACAUGCCACAAUUUGCCAACAAGGACAUAGUCAACCAAGCAAUAUCAGAAGAAGAUACCUAUGAGAACCCCGAUGUUGUCUCCAGCAAUGACUCGGACGAUGAUGAAUAUGAUGCCGAAGUAGCAAGGAAACACACCUCGAAAUCCCGUCGUAACAGUGCCGUCACUGCUGGGAAUGGCCGUAUCACCAAACCAUCUGUAAAAGUGCUAAGCAAGGUCUUUGAACUAACAUGCUACCCAGAAACCAAUAUCCGAGAACUGCUGGCUAAAAAGAUGGAUAUGAAGCCAAGGGCCGUACAAAUAUGGUUUCAAAACAAACGACAACAUCUCAAGGCUAGUGGAGUCAGUGAAGGAUUAAGAACCAAGAAGGGAGGUGACACUUUCAGGGCACCAGUCGACCAAGUGCUGCCAGAAGACGUUGAAAUGUGGUGUGCUGAAGCUGGAUUUUAA